AUGGCAACACGUGAAAAUUAUACAGAAGUCGCGAAAGUUCUCAUUUCACAUGGCGCCGAUAUCAAUGAAAAAUAUGAAAAUGGAAGAAUUGCACUUCAUAUUGCAGCACAUGAAAAUAAUGCAGAAACUGCUGAUGUUCUCAUUUCACAUGAUGAAAAUAAUGUUCUUACAUAA